CAAAACCCCAUUAGAGUCUUCAGAGGAAACCACCCAACCCAAUUCCCAUUUCACUCGCCGUAGCUUCCUCAUCAUCGCCACCACCAUCAUCAUCGUCAUCAUAAAUAGAACCAUCUCUUCUCCUCUCUCUCUCUCUCUCCUAUAAAUAAACACCCACACUCUCUUUGUACCCCUCAGUCCCUCUCUGUUUUUCACGAAGUAGGAAACGCUCUCAGCUCUCUCUCUCUCUCUCGUCUCGAAACUUAGCAAUGGGGAAGAAGAAGAACAAGAACAACCAUGACCAUGACCAUGGCCAUGAUCACGACCAAGCUCAUAGCCACGAAGCGGAGAAAGAGGUAGUACAGAAGAAGGAAGCAGGCGACGGUCGAGAGGAGAAAAAAGGGGAAAAGAAUCCUCAGACCACAGUUUUCAAGAUCGAAAUACACUGCGAGGGCUGCGCAUCUAAGAUAAUCAAAUUGGCUCGUGGUUUGGAUGGCGUAGAAAACGUCAAAGCAGACCCCGCAGCAAGCAAGUUAACAGUGAUAGGGAAAGUGGAUCCUUCCAAGAUUCGAGAGAUUCUCCACCAAAAGACCAAGAAGAAGGUGGACAUUAUCUCUCCUCAGCCCAAGAAGGAAGAUUCUAACAACAAAAACAAGGAUGAAAAUAAGAAAUCCAGCGAGAAGAAGCCUGACGCCGACAAGAAGAAGCCGGACGCUGAUAACAAGAAAGCAAAGGAGGCACCGGUGACGUCGGCGGUAAUCAAGGUGGCAUUCCACUGUCUGGGAUGUAUUGGGAAAAUUCACAAGAUCGUCACCAAGACCAAAGGUGUGCAGGAGAUGGCGCUAGACAAGCAGAAGGAAACGGUGACGGUCAAAGGGACCAUGAACGUGAAGGCGUUGACUGAGGCAUUAAGGGACAAACUCAAAAGGCCCGUUGAGAUUGUACCACCCAAGAAGGAGAAAGAGGCUGGCGGAGGAGGCAACAAAGACGGAGAGAAUGGUGGCGGCGGAGGCGGGAAGAAGAAAAACAAGGGUGGUGAAGGCCAAGAUAAUGCUGGUGGCGGCGAAGCUGCAGCAGCUAAAAUGGAAGGGAACAAAAUGGAAUAUGCAAUGCAACCUGGCUUCGGGUAUGGUCCGGGUCCUGGAUUCGGGUAUGUGGGGCAGCCUGUUCCUGCGUACGGGAAUGGGUAUAUGGGUCAACCGAUGCCAAUGUAUGGGAACGGUUACAUGGGUCAUCCUGUUCAGAUACCUAUGCCUGUGCCUGUGCAUGAGUACGGAUAUGGGUAUGGAUAUGGACCCGUUCAGGUCCCGGGUUAUCCUGUUCAUAUGAAGUUCAAUGAUGAGAAUCCAAAUGCCUGCUCAGUGAUGUGAAGAUGGAGGACGAGAUAAGCAAGGAGAUGAAGUGUAAAUAAUAAAAUAGAGAAGAAAUUUUGGGUUUUAGUUAAUGGGUGGGGACAUCAAUUAUCUAAGUUGAUUGGAUGGUGUUUAAUUUUUAUUAUUUUUGAUAAAUUUUUCUUUGUAAUGUUUUGGUUUGUGGACUUGAAUAUUAAUUAAUUAUUAAAGUAUUUAGUUAA